AUGCAAGCCGACCGCGGAUGCGACAAGGUACCGCCACCCGAAGGGGAGUUCCUGGAGCUGCCGGCCCGGGGCAACUUCACCGUCGAGCUGGGCGGUAAUCGCGGCUGCACGACGCUGUCGUACAGAGGACAGACCGCGACGCAGUGGCCGGAUUGCAGCGAGCAUCCGGAAGAGUGGCAGGCGCCCGGACCCGGACAGUGUCUGAGUGACAACCCCGACGGGAAAGGCGGAGAGAUGCACACUCAGAAUUACACCACUGCGGCCGGCACCGCGUUCGCCAUCAGCUAUCAGUCAGAUAUCCGCAACGUCACGAUGGAUAACCUCGUCGUGUUUUCUGUUGUUGAACACACGCCAUGGAAGCGUGUUACGACCUACCAGGUCCCUGACUUGCCUGCUUGUCCCGAGGGCGGUUGCUACUGUGCCUGGCUGUGGAUUCCGGAUGGAUGUGGACAACCAAACAUGUACAUGCAAAACUUUAGGUGCAAGGUGACCAACGCCGUCUCCACGAAGAAGCUGGGAGUCGCCAAGCCUCCCGUUGCCUGCCGGGAUGAUUCGAAAAAAUGCAUCACAGGCCCUAAACAGAUGAUUGCCUGGAAUCAAGCCGAGGGCAACAACGUCCCGGAUGUCGGGUACAGUCCCGGUUACAACGCCAGAAUGGGUUUCAAGCCGGGCGCCCAAACGGAUAUUUUUGCUCAAGGGAAUACAUCUUCUAUUUGCUGA